GACCCGUGAUCGACGCGAUAAAAAUCACUCGGCGGAUUGUCUUCGGGGUAACUCCGGGCGUUGUCGUUGGGGAAGUCCCACAUAUAAUUACUUAUAAAUACGCGACUUUGAGUCGAGGAAAGCGCCCCAUCACCUGCAUUUACCUCCUCUCUCAUCCUUUCAUACGCUAUCGCCCCCAGAUGAUUCCCCCGCUCGACGACUCGUCCCUGGUGAAGGCCGCGGAUAAAGCCUGGUGGAAGUCAGCGACCGUCUAUCAAGUCUAUCCUGCAUCAUUCUGUGACCAUGCCGAUGCAGGCCACGGCACCCUCCUCGGCAUCCUCACCAAGGUGGACUACCUGCAAUCACUGGGAGUCGACAUCGUUUGGCUUUCUCCUAUAUACGAGUCCCCCCAGGCAGAUAUGGGCUAUGACAUUUCUAACUACCGUCAGAUCGAUAAGCGGUACGGCUCGCUUGAGGAUUGGGAUAGACUACUGGCUGCGCUUCACCAACGAGGCAUGAAACUUGUUAUGGACUUGGUUGUGAACCACACCUCAGAUCAGCACCCAUGGUUCAAAGAGUCGCGCAGUUCCCGAGACAAUCCCAAGAGGGAUUGGUACAUUUGGCGGCCACCUCGAUACAAUGAGAAGAACGAGAGGAUCCCCCCGAAUAACUGGAAAGGCACUUUCGGCCAGGGAUCAGCGUGGGAAUUCGACGAGACCACCAACGAGUACUACCUCCAUCUCUUCCUCAAGGAACAGCCCGACCUUAACUGGGAGAACCCUCAGGUCAGGGCCGAGGUUUAUGAUCUUAUGCACUGGUGGCUCAAGAGGGGUGCCGAUGGGUUCCGUAUGGACGUAAUCAACUUUAUCGCCAAGGCACCCGGUCUGCCAGAUGCGCCGGUCAUCGACCCGGGACGGACGUAUCAGUCGUUUGGGAUGAUGUCGAUAAACCGUCCAGAGGUGCAUGGAUGGCUGAAAGAAAUGAAUCGCGCGGUACUCUCACACUAUGAUUGCUUCGCCGUGGGAGAAUGUCCAGGUGACGAGGCCGUAGUGUCAUAUGCCCCUUAUUCUGUGCCCCACAAUAAGGAGCUACAGAUGGUCUUUCAUUUUCACCAUCAGAGCUUCGAUAGGGCGGCUGGCGGGCUGGGACGAGUUCACAAUCCUGAUUGGAAGCUGUCCGAGUUGAAAAGGGUCUUCAACACCUGGCAGAUCGAUCUUGAGAAUCACGACCAGCCUCGGAUCAUCUCCCGGAUGGCAUCUGACCAUCCUUCGGACAGGGCACGGUGUGCGAAGCUAUUGGCGAUGUUCCAUUGCUCCCUUGGCGGUACAAUAUACGUUUAUCAAGGGCAGGAGCUCGGGAUGAUCAAUGUUCCGCGUGGCUGGGGACUGGUGGAGUACAAAGAUGUCGAGACUAUUCAAAACUCUGAGGCCGAGGUGCAGCAUCGACAAGUGAUAUGCGGCCAUGCGAAUCCGGACAUAUCCGACUUGCUUGAGAGCAACCGCAUUACAGCUAGGGACAACGGUCGCACUCCCAUGCAGUGGGACUCAAGUCUGAAUGCCGGGUUCUCAAAGGGCGAGCCGUGGAUGCGUAUACACGAUGACUACCGCGAGGGCUGGAACGCUGCCGCUCAGGUUAAUGAUCCGGACUCGGCAUGGUCUUUCUGGAAGCAGAUGCUCCGCCUGAGAAAGAAGUACGACGCCAUGAUAUACGGCGACUUCAUCGCGCUGGACGAGUCGAACGAGGAAACUUACGCAUAUAUCCGCGAGCACCCUCCGAGCGGGCAGAAGCUCCUCGUCGUCCUCAAUCUUUCCCGCGGAAAUGACGGUCGUGGUGCACCCUCGACUUUUGUGCUCCCAUGCGGGCUCGAUACAAGCGGCAGCAAGCUAUUGAUCUCUAAUGGCGAGGUACAAGAGGGCCAGCGAAUCGAGGGGAAUAUACUUUUGGGCCCAUGGGAAGGCAGGAUCUACCUCUUAUGACGAACCUAUCAUUAUUCAAUAGAGCUGCAUCAUGAAGCAUGAAUCUCGUAAUUUCCG